AUGGUUUUCACCCGCCCCGGGGGGGAUGACGGUGGCGCGGCUAUCUUCGACUCCUUAGGCAAAUUCUAUGUAGCGGUGGCCAUCACUUGGACCGCUGCCCUCCUUGCCGGCUCUGUCCUCCUUAUUGUUAAUCGCCAUGAGCAAUGCAUUCGCAUCCGCAACUUGCGUCUCAUGUUGAGCGCGGUGUCAUGUCUCCAUGUCUUCUGGAUUUUGUGCAUGGUUGCAUAUUCGAUGGGUGGUAAAUAUCCUUGUGCCGCAGAAUACUGGAUCAUGAAUAUUUAUUUCCCCGUGGGAAUCGCUCUUUUCCAAGCAAACAGUAUGCAGCUUCUAAACGUCUUUGGCGUUCAGGAAAAGCUACUGUUGACCGCGCAACAACCGAACAGACCCCACUUUAUUGAUCCUGCGGGAUCGUCUAGUCGGUACCUAGCUCGAUGGAGACAACUAAACCUCGUACAGCGAACAGAAUUGAGCAUUGCCAUUGGGAUUUUGGUUCAACUACUCGUAUCGGUUUCUAUCUUCCUCACUUCCCGAAAGUUUCAUACCUUUGGAACCUUCUCCGAACAUGUGAGCGCCACGGAAUGUCGGCGAGGCCCUGAAUGGAUUCCUUCAAUACUCUGGCAAUUGCUCUGGUCUUGGAUAUUCGCUCCAUACGUUCUGUGGAAGAUUCGCAAUAUCCACGAUAUCCAUCACUGGCGGCUUCAGAUCACUUGUUGUGUUAUCGCCACUUUACCAGGUUCGCCCAUGUGGUUCGCUGCGUUAUAUUCGACAACCGAUAUCUGGACAGUCAUCAACAGAUACUGGGUGCCAUCUCUUUGGUUUGCUCCCGGCAUUAUGGCAAUGGAAGCUGUUACUAUCUUCUUUCCCUGUUAUCAGCUUGUAAUCUCCAAGAGGGAGAGGGAUCGUUUUCUGGGGGAACUCCAAGCAUGGAAUGAAAAGAAGACCAAGAGCGGGCAAGGAUCAGACUCAGCACCAUCACGAACUCCGAGUGAAGCCAGCCCCGUGCCUGAAGGUUAUUCCCGAGGAGCUCUAGAGAAGUGCUUGGAAGAAAACUCCAGUUCUCUUCUCCGAUUUGCCGCGGCCAAAGAAUUCAGCGGUGAGAAUAUCCUCUUCCUGAAUUACGUGCGCGACUGGAAAGCUGCAUGGGCAAAGAUCGGUGAAUCAAGCCCGGAAUACGAUUGGAACCGCGAUCCUCAGUGUCACCGACUUCAUUUCUUCAAGAUCGCACUUGAGAUCUACGUAUUCUGUGUCGAUAUGAACUUGGCAGAAUUCCCUAUCAACAUUGAAUCUCGAAUUUACUCGGAUUUACUGGAAAUGUUUGGUGAAGCUUGCACCUAUAGGAAUCUUCCUAAAUCGUACAACACCAUGGCAAUGCAUAGAAAGAAGUUGUCAACUGUGGUCACCGUGGAGGAAGACACUCAGGCUCUGUGCUUCGAUGCGUAUCCUCACGAGGAGCAGAGUAUCAUGCAUAUUGAGUCUCGAGUUCCGAAUUCCGUUGUCGUUCCUACGAAUUUCACAGCCGAUGCAUUUGACGAGGCCGAGAAGUCAAUCAAGAACCUGGUAUUCACAAAUACCUGGCCCAAGUUCAUUGACUUUUCGAGCGAUGUAUCGAUUGAUUCGAAGUAA